UAUCCUUGGCACAUUAUGGUUGUUGUUUACGAAGAUCUAUGGUUUGGGUGUGACUCUGGCUUCGGUUUUUUUCCUUCUGGGUUGCUUCGUUUGAUCGCCAAGAGGACACGAAUACGCUGAUACGCAUAUUUUUCUCGGCGGCCAAACAGAGCAUUGACCCAUACCCAUGUAUUAGUUUCUCCCCGAAAUAUGUUGGCUUUAAUUACGAGACCUGGUGGAAGAGAAAUCCAUUGAACCUGGACGGAGUUUUGAUUUCUCAUCCUCUUUAACCUUUUAUGAGGGUUCAUUCAAUUGGUUAAUUCGCAUGAAAGUUGAAUAUAUAUUUGGAGGGAUGAGAACCAUCAAGUUUGGCGGAAAGUAUUGUGUAGGUGGUUACUGAUAUUGGGGAUUGAGUGGAAUUUUGAGGCGGUAAUCUUGCUUUCCACUAUCAACGGUUCAAAGAAGAUAGUUAAAGGACUAGAUGAAAAUGGAGCCUAGGAAGACUUAAACUAAAACUGAAAACUGUAUAUUGGGGGUGAUUUGUGGUGGACAGAAGCUGCGUCUUUUACUUUUCACUUUUCUGACUCCAAGUUCUGUAAGCAUCAUCAAUUUGUGAUUAAACCAUGGGAGCAGUAGGUCAUUCAGCUGAUGAGGAGCAAGAGAAGAACGAGACGGAAAUGGACAUCAGAAGCUUCUCAUCCUCACACCGCCAGACCCAGAAUGCACCAUACAUUCACAAGGUGGGAGUUCCUCCCAAGCAAAAUCUCUUAAAGGAAUUGACAACUACUGUGAAGGAAACCUUCUUUGCAGACGAUCCUCUACGCCAUUUCAAGGACCAGCCUAAGUCUAAAAAAAUCAUUCUCGGCAUCCAAGCUGUUUUCCCUAUCUUUGAAUGGGGAAGAAAGUACAAUCUCACCAAACUUAGGGGUGAUAUUAUUGCUGGACUCACCAUUGCAAGUCUCUGUAUUCCGCAGGACAUUGGAUAUGCUAAGCUUGCAAAUUUGGAUGGCCAGUAUGGAUUGUAUUCCAGCUUUGUUCCACCAUUGAUUUAUGCAUUCAUGGGUAGUUCAAGAGAUAUAGCAAUAGGACCAGUGGCUGUUGUGUCCCUUCUACUUGGAACUCUACUUCAGAAUGAGAUCGAUCCCAUUAAGAAUGCAAAAGAGUACCGGAGGUUAGCCUUCACAGCUACAUUUUUUGCAGGACUUACUCAAGCAACCCUUGGGAUUUUCAGGUUGGGUUUCUUGAUUGACUUCUUAUCUCAUGCGGCCAUCGUUGGCUUUAUGGGCGGAGCUGCUAUUACUAUUGCCCUCCAACAGCUUAAAGGUUUCCUAGGCAUCAAGACAUUUACUAAGAAAACGGAUAUCGUUCAUGUAAUGCAUUCGGUAUUUAGCACAGCCAAUCAUGGAUGGAACUGGCAGACAAUAGUCAUCGGCUUGAGCUUCUUAUCUUUCCUACUUUUUGCCAAGUACAUAGGAAAAAAGAAUAAGAAAUUCUUUUGGGUUGCUGCUAUUGCCCCGAUGAUAUCUGUCAUUAUAUCAACCUUUUUUGUGUUCAUAACCCGCGCAGACAAGCAAGGUGUUCAGAUUGUGACACGCAUAGAGAAAGGAAUUAACCCUUCAUCUGUGAACCAAAUAUAUUUCAGUGGCGAUUAUCUUCUAAAAGGUUUCAGGAUUGGUGUGGUGGCUGGAAUGGUAGCAUUGACGGAGGCUGUCGCAAUUGGAAGAACAUUUGCUGCGAUGAAGGACUAUCAACUAGAUGGAAACAAAGAAAUGAUAGCACUAGGUGCAAUGAAUGUUGUUGGUUCAAUGACUUCUUGCUAUGUGGCAACAGGUUCUUUCUCACGUUCUGCAGUAAACUACAUGGCUGGUUGCCAAACUGCAGCCUCCAACAUCGUUAUGUCUUUUGUUGUAUUCCUAACCUUGGAAUUCAUAACUCCUCUCUUCAAGUACACACCAAAUGCUAUUCUUGCCGCCAUCAUUAUAUCUGCUGUUAUUGGCCUUAUUGACUUCCAGGCGGCAAUUUUGAUUUGGAAGAUUGAUAAAUUUGAUUUUAUUGCUUGCAUGGGAGCCUUCUUUGGUGUAGUCUUUGUAUCCGUCGAGAUCGGGCUCUUAAUUGCAGUUUGUAUAUCGUUUGCUAAAAUCCUCUUACAAGUUACCCGGCCAAGAACUGCAAUUCUUGGGAAGAUCCCUAGGACUACUGUGUAUAGAAACAUCCAGCAAUAUCCUGAAGCAACUAGAGUCUCUGGUGUUCUGAUUGUGAGGGUUGAUUCUGCAAUUUACUUUUCCAAUUCCAAUUACAUCAAGGAGAGGAUCUUGAGAUGGGUAACGGACGAGGAAGAAGAACUACAAGCAAACUAUCAGCCAACAAUCCAGUUUGUGAUAGUGGAAAUGUCGCCUGUUACUGAUAUCGACACUAGCGGCAUCCAUGCCUUGGAAGAUUUGUACAAAGGUCUUCAAAAGAGAGGCAUUCAGCUUAUUCUGGCAAAUCCUGGUCCGGUGGUGAUUGACAAGCUUCAUGCUUCCAACUUCCACAACGUGAUCGGUGAAGACCAUAUCUUCCUCACAGUAGCAGAUGCCGUCUCUUCUUGCUCUCCAAAACUAGCAGAAGAAGAUGUUUGAGAGAAAUGGAAGGGGUUUGUCUGAAAGAAAGCUUGUGAUAUAUGUUGCAUAUAAUGCCAAUGACAAAGGAGUAGUUGAGUGGAGGUGGUGGGGUUGUGUAAUCACAAAAAAAAAAAGGUGGUGGUGUGAAGCAAGUGAUAAGGUUCUGGGUUUUAAGUUUUACAGACAUGGAAUCCACUCAACCUAAUUGUGUCUGUGACUUGUGAAACGUCUGCAUAAUUUAUUAUCAUAUGCGUUUUUAGCCGUUUUUUCGUCUUC